UGUUCCUGACUGGCCUCCCUAGGUGCCAGCAGGAUUUCCUUGCGCUUGCCUAUAGAGCAAUUCUUCCCAGGCGUUAUGCACACUUAAUGCCUGGAGCAUCUUAAUCACACUGCUAUGCAUGCAUGUCUCAUACCAAAAGUAGUCGCUGCUCCUGCAUUCCCACAGCAGCAGCAGCAGCACAGAGCAGAUGCUUCCAGCUUCCCUCUCAGGCUGUGCUUUUUGGUUCUGAAGAAAGUUGCCUAGUAUUGUUUCCGGAUUUGUGCUUUCCUGUCUUUGUGUUAUGGAUCAUGAAGAUUUCGUCGUCCUCGUAAAGAGUAGUGCUGGCAAUGUUCUGUACUUCUAAGGAUUGCUUUCCAAAUGUUUUAGCUCUGGAGAAAUGCAGAUUAAAUUGAGGCUUUCCUGCAGUGAGAAUUUCCAUUCUACUUGCCAAUAAUGCAUGAGUUACAAAUUUAAUGGCAGACCUUGAAGUAUAUAAAAAUUUAAGUCCAGAAAAAGUUGAAAGAUGCAUGAGUGUUAUGCAGUCUGGGACUCAGAUGGUUAAGCUGAAGAGUGGAACCAAAGGGCUAGUUCGUCUCUUCUACCUGGAUGAGCACAGGACCUGCAUCCGAUGGAGACCGUCCAGAAAAAGCGAAAAGGCAAAAAUUGUCAUCGAUUCCAUUUACAAAGUCACUGAAGGCCGGCAGUCUGAAAUCUUCCACCGCCAUGCAGAGGGGAACUUCGACCCAAGCUGUUGCUUUACCAUUUACCACGGCAACCACAUGGAGUCACUGGAUCUGAUUACAUCUAACCCAGAGGAAGCUCGCACCUGGAUCACAGGACUGAAAUAUUUGAUGGCUGGAAUAAGUGAUGAGGACUCACUCGCUAAGCGACAGAGAACACAUGAUCACUGGGUCAAACAGACCUUUGAGGAGGCUGACAAGAAUGGAGAUGGCCUGCUGAAUAUUGAAGAGAUCCACCAGCUGAUGCAUAAACUGAAUGUUAACCUGCCCCGCAGGAAGGUCCGGCAGAUGUUUCAGGAAGCAGACACAGAUGAGAACCAAGGAACCCUAAAUUUUGAAGAAUUUUCAGUGUUUUACAAGAUGAUGUCUUUACGUCGAGAUCUCUACUUACUGCUCUUAAGCUACAGUGACAAGAAGGAUCACCUCACUGUUGAAGAACUUGCUCAGUUUCUAAAGGUGGAACAAAAGAUGAAUAAUGUGACACCAGAGUAUUGUCUUGACAUCAUACAGAAGUUUGAAGUAUCAGAAGAAAACAAGAAGCAAAAUGUUCUUGGGAUUGAAGGUUUCACCAACUUCAUGCGCAGUCCUGCUUGCGAUAUAUUUAAUCCACUGCAUUGUGAAGUGCAUCAGGAUAUGGAUCAGCCCCUUUGUAACUACUUUAUUGCUUCAUCUCACAAUACAUACUUGACAGGAGACCAACUGCUGUCCCAGUCCAGAGCGGAGAUGUAUGCACGAGUGCUGCAAGAUGGUUGUCGAUGUAUUGAAGUGGAUUGCUGGGAUGGUCCAGAUGGAGAGCCGGUAGUGCACCAUGGCUAUACUCUUACUUCUAAAAUACUCUUCCGUGAUGUGGCAGAAACUAUCAAUAAGUAUGCCUUCAUCAAAAAUGAGUUUCCAGUGAUACUGUCUAUUGAAAACCAUUGCAGUAUUCAACAGCAAAAGAAGAUUGCUCAGUAUUUGAAGGAGAUAUUUGGUGACAAACUGGACUUGUCAUCUGUAAUCACUGGAGAUUCCAGGCAGCUUCCUAGCCCUCAAAAUUUGAAAGGGAAAAUCCUAGUGAAGGGUAAAAAGUUGCCAUACAGUCUUGGAGCAGAUGCUGAGGAAGGAGAAGUUUCAGAUGAGGAUAGUGCUGAUGAAAUUGAAGACGACUGCAAAUUAAAGCCCUGCUAUAAUAAUGGUGCAACUGAGCACCAGGUGGAAUCUUUUAUAAGAACGAAACUGGAAUCUCUGAUAAAAGAAUCCCAGAUCAGGGACAAAGAAGAUCCUGACAGCUUCACUGUGAGAGCCCUGCUAAAGGCAACUCAUGAGGGGUUAAAUGUUAACCUGAAGCAGAACCUGGACACAAAAGAAGGUGGAAAAAAGUCUCAUAGCCGAUCAUUAAUGGGCAACUUUGGUAAACACAAAAAAGCUGUAAAGGCAGCAUCCAAAUACCAUAGUGCAUCAGAUGAGGAAGAAGGCCAGCAAAACUCUUCUGGGAAGGAAAUGGGGCAGCUCCACAGCAGACUAGCUCGUCGAAGAAAAACGGUGAAGCUGUGCCGAGCUCUGUCUGACCUAGUGGUGUACACGAACUCUGUGGCAGCCCAGGAUAUAGUAGAUGACGGAUCAACAGGGAACGUGCUAUCAUUCAGUGAAACAAGAGCCCACCAAGCCGUGCAGCAGAAGGCCGAACAGUUUAUGCUUUACAACCAGAAACAGCUUACAAGGGUCUAUCCGUCAGCCUAUCGGAUUGACUCCAGCAAUUUCAAUCCUUUACCUUACUGGAAUGUUGGUUGCCAGUUAGUGGCACUAAACUACCAGACUGAGGGACGUGUGAUGCAAUUAAAUGAAGCAAAAUUUAGGGUAAAUGGCAACUGUGGUUAUGUCCUCAAACCUCAGCAGAUGUGCAAAGGCACAUUCAAUCCCUACUCUGCUGAUCCACUUCCUGCCAGUCCUAAAAAGCAGCUUAUUCUGAAAAUCAUCAGUGGACAGCAGUUACCUAAGCCUCCUGACUCAAUGUUAGGAGACAGAGGAGAGAUAAUAGAUCCCUUUGUUGAGGUGGAAAUUAUUGGGUUACCUGUUGACUGCUGUAAAGAUCAGACCAGGGUGGUUGACGACAAUGGGUUUAAUCCUGUUUGGGAGGAAACACUCACUUUUACCAUCCACAUGCCUGAAAUAGCUUUGGUGCGAUUUCUUGUUUGGGACCAUGAUCCUAUUGGACGAGACUUUGUUGGACAAAGAACUCUGGCCUUCAGCAGUCUUGUGCCUGGUUAUCGUCAUGUGUAUUUAGAAGGACUGACAGAAGCAUCCAUAUUUGUUCAUAUAACCAUUAAUGAGAUCUAUGGAAAGAAUAAGCAGCUGAUAGGACUCAGAGGGUUGUUUAACAAGAACCCUAAGCAUAAUUCUGCUGAAACCAGCGGGCACUAUGUACGAAAGCGAUCUAUUGGUGAUCGAAUUCUUCGGCGCACAGCCAGUGCACCAGCAAAAGGUAGAAAGAAAAGUAAGAUGGGUUUUCUGGAAGCUACUGAAAUUAAAGACAGUGCAUCUGAACCAGUAGACUUGAAAGACAAAGAAGGAGUUGUAAGGCGUACAAGCCGGAGUUUGCAAGCACGUCCUGCGUCUAUGCCCGUGGACAAAUAUCUCCUUGCAGGACUGCCAGGCCCAGAAGAUGAAACUGCCCAAGAUGCCCAAGGAAAAGAAAAUGCAUCUGCCAACAGUGAUAACAAUACAAAUGAGAAGGAAACAAACUUGAAAGAAUCUGUCUUUCCAUCUUCUGAGAAAACAGCAAAUACUUCAAAUUUGGCAUCUCAAUUUAAGGAGAAUGACCAGAAGGAGACUACAGGUGACUCUUUAGUACCACCUCUACAGGAGCAACCUGAAAAUUUAGUUUUUGCAAGUGGGGUAGCUGAAACAAAUCACCUCAUAGACUAUCAGGAAAAUAAUCUUUCUGAUGGAACUGUCCCUCUAAUGCAGGACUCUGAUUUUGAAAUUUCUGCAGAAGAAACACAUGACAAAAACUGUGCAGACAAUAAAAAGGAAGAUGACACAAAAGGAUCUAAGGAGGAGAAAAUAACUCUUGUGGGGACUUCCCUUUCUCAAAAAGUAGAGAUGGAAAAUCACAAAUAUGACAUCAUCAAGAAAAGCACUGCAGCAUCUCUUUCUUUGAUGGGUAUUUCUUCUACCAUUUGCUCUGAUGCUCCUGAUUUGCACUCCACUUUAACCAUGCAGGACAGUGACAUUUCUCGCCUUAUAGAUGAAGUUUCUUUAGCAAAUGAGAGCGAGAUGGAUAGCGCUGUCUCAGCUCUGAUCGGACAGUUUGAUGUCACAGAUGACCAAACUAAUCUUACUGUGGUCUCCAACCUCCAUGGCACUAGCAGCCAGACCUUCAGUAUGAUGGCUACACAUCCACACAUGCUUACUGCGGAUCUUAACAGUCCCUGUAAGCACAACUUUUCUACCACAAAAUCCAUCAAAUCCCCUUUAUUCUCAACUCCAGAUACUACCAUAUUCUCCAGCCCUGAGACUGCAGAGUAUUCUGUGUACACAAUUAUCCAUGAGGCAACUCUUACACCAGCUUUUGAAUGUAAGACCCACAGUGAAUUAGUUUGCAAGAAAAAGUUAAAUAGUACAGAAAAUAACUUGCCUAGCUUUCCUUGUCCUUCACCUCUCUCUUUGCUAAAUGCAAAUCCCAAAAGCAAAUGUGGAACAAAAUCUGGAACAAGCUGGGAAGCCCCUGAGUCUGCCAGUUCUUUUGCUUCCAAUAGCCUCAUCUUUGAGGAGACACUUGUUGACCCCCUCGCUGGUGAAAAUUCAGAAAGCAGUAGUCUUGUAGAAGUAGAUGGGGAUUCUCAAGAUCUCUUGGUAACUGCAUGUGAGUACAAAAGGGAAGACAUGAGCCAGUUGGCUUCCCCUUUGAAAUUGAGGCAAAAGCAGGACACUGGGCAUGGUGGUGAGAGGGCCUCUGGGAAUAGCGCAACUGUUGAGCUCUGUGCUGCUGCCCUGGACUGCUCAGAUAACUUCAGGACUGCAGGGAGUCAGCUCCCUUUUCCAAUGUGUGAAAAUGUUGGCUUUUUCUAUCAUCAUCAUUCAGAUAAGCAGAAAAAUGUAAUGUGUGCCUCCGAGAGAUCACAGCUCAACAUACACUCACCGGUGCUCAAAAAUGCUUUGGCUUUCCCACCUCAUUCAGCCAUCAAGCAGACUAGCCCUUGCAAAUCCAAGAGUCUCGGUGACUUGACAUCAGAGGAUAUUUCCUGCAAUUUUGAAAGUAAGUAUCAAUACAUAAGUAGGAGCUUUAUCUCAUCAGGCAUGAGAGACAAGAAACUUGCUGCUAUGAAGAAUAUGAGACCACAUUCUACAGAUGCCCUCACGGAACAGCUGAGGAAGCUGGUGUCCCUGGACCAGGAGGACAGCCGUGAAACGCUGUACUCCAGGCAGAUUGAUGAAGACUGCCCGAAGGCACUGGUCAGAAAACUCUCAUCCAGAAGCCAGAGCAGAGUGCGAAAUAUAGCCAGCCGUGCCAAGGAGAGGCAGGAGGCCGCCAGCAAGCAAAAAUCUUCUAACACAAGUAGCGUAGCGGGCGUUGUCCUUCGGAACAAGCCUUCAGCAUCGCCUCACGUUAUCAACAGGCAUUCAACGGGCUCAUACAUAGCCAGGUACUUGAAUGGCUUCCCAGGGGAGGACAUGGAGGGCCGAGGAAUACCGGAGGGAGCGUGCGCUGCUUUGCACUAUGGCUGUAGCGACCAGUUGUAUACACGCGAUUCUGUUCUGCAGCUGGAACCCAGUAGUGAUGAUAAGCCUGAAAUUUAUUUCCUGCUGAGACUGUAGAUUGUAUAAAUGUACAUCUUCAGUGUUUACAAACUAUGUCAUUGAAAUGAAGGAUUUUUAGCAAGACAUACUGUUUUGAGGGUUUAAAUUAUUUAGAAAUGCAAUUUCAUGCUAGUGAUUCACUCAUGAUUUAAUGUGCCCUUUCCUGUCAAAGCUUAUGUAAAUAGAAACCAUACUCCAUCCUUAUGUAUGUAUUACUUUGAUUUAGAAAUUAUAAAGUGAGGUAGUCUGGGGACUAUUUGCAUGCGUAUUUGUAGCAUUUUGUAUUUGUAAUGUAUGUCAUUUUUAAGUCGAGCACAUCUGCGCUCAAAAGCCUAACAUUGCAAUGAAUGCAAUAGUAUUCUGUUUUCCUGAUGUCUAUCCUACUGUUUGGAAGAACAUUUUUAGUGAUCACUUUUGGCCUUUUGUGCAAAUUCUACUAAGACUAGUGCUUUCUGUUAUUGGUAACGUCCUUGGGAUUAGACUGCUGAACUAGGACUCGUGCUGCCCAACAAGCAGCAGUCUCGGAAUGGGACCCUUCAUUAGCACCACUGUUUUUGCUCUGACUUGUACUUAAUUGUUAAUUUUACAUGUUUCCAUGUAUAAACUAUGAUUCUACAGCAAACAAUUUGUAGAAUUAGGGUUAGUCCAAAUUUGUGAGUAAUGUGUAGGUUUGUCUUCUGUCUGCUCUAUGAAGUACAAUGACAGUUGUCUUCCUUUUUGGUCACAGUGUUGAAUGAUCAUUUCAGGACAGAGUGGAAUGUGGGAGUAUUUCUGCAUUUAUGAAUGGAAAACGCUUAAUUUCUGCAUAUUUUGUUAUGUAUUUUUGCUAUUGGUUGUGUGUGUAGCUUCAGUACAGUAGCAGAUCUGUUUUCUGUAUAUUUGUAAUUUUAUUGCUAAAUUGUUGGCAGUCAGUGGAAUAUUUAAAGCUGACAUGGUAGAGUAUUUUGACUGUCCAUCUUCAUCUUUUUCUAUGAAUCCUGAAAGUGAAUUGAGUGAGUAAUCUCAAACACCUGAAGCUUCCCUGUAGGGAACAACAUAGCUUUAUUUUGGUUUUAAGAUAUUCUUUGCCUUCGCUACAAGUUUUUUCUUAUAUGUAAAAGAUGUACCUUUUACCUCUUUCUUUUGUAAUGCAGAGUAUUAUUAUUCUUGAAAACAUCAUUAAAAUAGAUUUUUAAGCACUUCAUUACAUGGUUACUGAAACUGUAGCAAAUAUAAUUAUGCUUAAACUAACAGUAGUUAGGGAUUGCAGACAUCUGUCUUGCCAUGAGCUUGCAAUAAGGUUUCAGAAAGGGAAAGAAUUCUGUCAUUUCACAUGAUGGUAAUGGUUCUUAGCUAGAAAUCUGCAGCUGAGCUCUUUCACUUUUCUGGUUAGGAAGCCAUGUUUUUUGAGUAUGUCUAACUGCCUGCAUAUUCUCAUUUUGUUCCAUUAAGAGUCUAACAGAUGCAACUGGCUGUUGUUUUGAUCACUUGGGAGAGAACAGUGUAUUUUCUAAGUAAAAAGCAUUUUUCCAUGGAGGAACAGAACCAGAUACUGGAUUAAUCCCUUUAAGCUUUGAACCUGAAUUUCUAUCUUGGUACUUGUGAUACAAUUGGGAGGUGUGAUUGAAGCCAUUUCUAACUUUAGGGAAGUUCAGAAGCUCUGUGACUUGGAGUGUCAGAACUUGGGCCAGUACUUUCAGAGAGGUGGUUUCAACUUGUCUGUAGCUUGUCUGCUGUGGUAGUUUAGAGACCGUUUCCAAGUGAAAGAGUAGAUGUGUGCAGGCUGUGAUCUGCUCUGCUGAAUGCUGUGUGCCACAGAUGCUCACACACUGUGUCUAGAGAUAUAUAUUUGUUUUAGUAGAACCUAUACAUUCUUUAGAAAUAACUGCCAUUAAAAGUGCCUUGUAAUUAAGCAAAUGAUAUAAUCUCCAUCACAGGAGACAAAAAACCCCUAAUCUUGACUUGAAGGUUGUUUCUAUCUUUAAUUGGAAUUAAUUUAGAAAAAUUGUAUUGUAUGUGCAGAAGGUCAGAAUAGAUUAUUACAGUGGACUCUCAUGACACUAAUCUCUUACGCUUUCCUCUUAAUUUUAGAAGUUACUUCAGAUGGGGACAGUUCUUUGUGUGAAAGUGAAAUUUGAAUAGUGAAACAGGGCAGGAUUUCUGUAGUGUAGACUCAAGCCAAAGGAAGAUCUGGUUCAGUAGUUUUUCCUGUCUCACUGGGCUUAGUCUUGUUUUUUCUGUCUCACUGAGAUUCAAAUUAUAUUUUGUUUGCACAAGUUUCUUUUUGGUGGUGUAGCAUUGGGCUGUGCCAAAACCUUCUAACUUCUCAGUGUUGGAAUACUCUGAGCCUUGAAGAACUCGAGUCAGAGUAUUCAAGAUGGUCAAAGGUCUUGUUGUGAUCUAGCACAGGUGAGAAGGCAAGGAGUACUUAUGUUAACUGCCAUUAAUUUCUGUUCUUGAGUAAUCUGUAGGGCAGUUUAUGGGCCUGGACAUGGAAAACUGAUAAGAAAGACUGUUUUUAUGUCUGUUUGCAAAGGUGAUAUUAUAAGAGACAAGUUUUCAGUCUGCAGAACUUUAAUUUCAAUAGGUUCAGAAAUGGAUUUGGUCCUUACAUGUAUGUCUUCAAUGCAUGAAGAAUGCAUGAAAUCACAAGUGGUGAGUAUAGAAGCAUGAAGAUACCUGUGUUACCAGCUACAUCUGCACAGAGAAGCUUGAUGACGUGAUGAAGUAUUUUGACUAUUGGAAGCAAGUGUUCUGUGUAAAAUGUUUGAAUUGGAGAGGGGUCUAAGCCAAAGUCAGAGACAUUAUCUCUUGCUUUUAUGUUCAUAAUUAUAAAAGAAAAAAAGAUUACUAGUAAACACAAACUACUAAAAAGUUAAUGGUAUUAUUUUGCACAUAUAAUACAUUUAGAUUAAAUUUAGUAUUUUGUAUUAAAGCAAGUGCACCAGGUAUCUUUACAGGAUAACCAUUUGACCAUCUCUCUUUUAAUUUACUAGAAAUGGAGAGCAUUCAGACUUUGGAAGGAAGAACUUGAGAUCCAGAAGAGCAGUCCAUACUACCCUUGCAGAAUAGACAGGUGAAGAAUACUCCCCAGGACUGACCUGCCUUCUGUUUUCCUGUCAGCUGGCGUAGGGUCCAUUCCAAGUGCAGUCCUGUUUCUCUUUGUAUACCAGGUCAGAAAGUAUGUCUAAUCCCCAAAGACAUUGGGGCUAUUCCUAUGCUUACUGUUAAGUAUCUGGUUAAGGUCUUCACAGAAUUAGGAACCAUUCUAUAAGCACAUGUCAAAGAUCCUUGAAACCUCAAGUUAAAUUUCUGUUUCUUUUCCAGGUGAGAGUGUGUGUAAACAACAAUUUAUCCUUUGCUUAAAACUAUCGAUGUUGCUUCUGAAUCUGGAACUUACAAAUAGUAGAGAUGUAGGGCAAGGACAAAAGAUGGAA